AGAGGAUUUGAGUUUGAGUGUGUGUGAGUGUGAAGUUUGCGAAUCACGAGUUACGGUACGGCCAUGGAAGCUCAGCAGAAGACGAAUCUGCUGGUGGGUUUUCUUCUCUUGACGGUCUUCCUUUCUGGUGUUGGAGCUUGGACUGGUGAGAUCCAUGGCAGAGUCGUCUGUGAUGUCUGUGGUGAUUCCUCUGUUGGAGCCGAAGAUCAUGUUCUAGAAGGUGCUGAAGUAGCUGUACUUUGCAUCACAAAAUCUAGGGAAGUUCUAAACUACCAGGCAUUCACAAACGCUAAGGGGAUAUACACGGUGGCGGAGACAAUGCCUGAGAGUGACCGCUGGGAUGCGUGCCUGGCGCGACCCAUCAGCAGCUUCCAUGAGCACUGCACUCAUCUCGGCCAGGGCAGCUUGGGUGUAAAGUUCAGUUACAAUCAUCCAUCGGGUUAUUCUCACACUGUCAGAACUUUCGUCUAUCGGCCUGCUAACGUCCCAACAUACUGCAUUUGACAACCUUAGAAUCAUUGUAUAUAUUGCAGUAAAAGAAAAAGAAAGAUAUGUGCCUGUUUCAACUGAUAAGAAGUUGAAAAGAGGAUUAGCAAAAAGAAGUUGAAAAGAGAUCUGGUAUGUUUAUGGGAAAAAUCUUAUGUAGUGGUCAAUUUGUAAGUUUGUCUCUACUGAAGAUUGAGGUUGGUAGAAUGUUAUAGAUGAGCUUGUGUUAAGGAUCGACGAGGUUAGAAUAAACCAAAACUUCUGUGGAAUUAGGAAUAAGGGCAAAUUAGAAGAAUACCACUUUUAUGGAGUUGUAUGUAUUAUUUGAAAAGAAAUGAUAGUGUCACUGUCACUGUUUAACACGUGGAUUUCACUAUUUUAUUUUUUGUUUAAAUAAUAAUAUUAUAUGUUCGUGAGUUCACGUGUUAAAUAGUGAACGCAGAAAGUGAUAGAGUAUAAAAAGGGUGACGAUAGCAUUUUGCACUAUUCUAAUA